ACUCUCCCUCCGGCGAAUUUUCACUCUCUUUGUUCUUUGCGAUCAAGUUGAAAGGAAAAAAAGCUGAUCCAGUUCAUUAUACUGUGUCUCAAAUGGAUCCAGAAGCUGCACGGAACGCACGGGAUUCACUCGAUCUGGUAAUUCAUAUGUCAAACAUUCUUGACACUGGGCUUGAUCGUCACAGUUUAUCCGUUCUGAUUGCACUCUCUGAACUGGGUUUCAAUCCUGAGGCCUUGGCUGCUGUAGUUAAGGAGUUUCGUAGAGAAACACCGGCUUCUUCUUCUGUCCAAUCAUCCGCUCCAUCAGCACCUUAGGCCGAUUAAUUUUGAAUCCCAUUGAUUGCUGAAAUUUGAUGGAACAAUCUCAGAGGAGCUCUUUCUUAACCCUUUUAUUCUUCCCUGUUGAUUGAUAUGUUAGUGGUUUGUUCUCUUAUCCAACUUUAGCUAUCAUCUUUUACUUUGUUGGGUGUUCUAGUAGUGCCUCCAUACGUUAUAAGCAAGUACUUAUCGAGGAAUAGUUUUAAUGGAGUUCAAAAGGAUGCUUUUACUAGCUGCUGAUUGAUUAUUUCCUGAGGUGCAUUCAUUCCAAUGCAACCCUGAAUGACCAACUAAAUCAUUAGUCACACAACCAUUGAGCAAUUGUAACCAAUUUCGCUGCUUGCAUUCCAUACGUGCUUUUAUCCUAUCAGAGUGGCUUCCCUUUUUUGUUGAAGAACUAUUGAGUUGUUGAAUAAACUUGGUCAGCAAAUGAUUUUUCUGUUAGUGCAUCUUAUGUCAAUUUUAUUGUCUUACAUACAGAAAAGGUAAGAUUUUCUGUGGAAAACAGUUCCAUUUAUUUGAAAUGUCUUUGCCCACAGCCUACAUUAAUGUAUCAAGAUACUAGAAUUUUCUGUAUGACAUGAUAUCUAGUAUCUGAUCUAACAAUGGGGAUGCACUCCAAAGAAUGCUGGCUUUUCAUCCAUCU